AUGGCCGUCAACGGAACCAAAAACUCGUUCUCAACGCCACAAUGGUGGAAAGAGAGCGUUGUCUACCAAAUUUACCCAGCCAGCUUUCAGGACAGUAAUGGUGAUGGUUGGGGCGAUGUGAAAGGCAUCACUUCGCGGCUCGACUACCUAAAGGAGCUCGGCGUCGACGUGGUGUGGAGCAGUCCCAUCUUCAAGUCGCCACAAGCAGACAUGGGCUACGACAUUGCCGACUACAAGGAUAUCGAUCCCGCGUACGGAACCCUGGAGGACGUCGAUGAGCUGAUCUCAGAGGCCAAGAAGCGGAACAUGAAAGUCAUGAUGGAUCUCGUUGUCAACCACACGUCGAAUAUGCACGCUUGGUUCCUUGAAUCCUGCUCCUCGAAAGACAAUCCAAAACGCGACUGGUACAUCUGGAAGCCACCCAAGUCAAUCUCUCCCGAUGGCACGCCCGAGCCACCCAAUAAUUGGGCUCAAAUUCUAGGAGAUGCCAAUUCUGCCUGGAACUACGAUCCUGUUACCAAGGAGUACUACCUUGCAGUUUUCACUCCAGAGCAGCCAGACCUCAACUGGGAGAACCCUGAAGUGAGGGCAGCAGUCUGGGAUGUUAUGAACUUCUGGAUGAACAGAGGCGCUGGCGGUUUCCGCAUGGACGUCAUCAAUAUGAUUUCCAAGGUCACGACCUUUCCUGACGCGCCAAUCGUGCUCGAUCCAGCAACACACAAGUACCAACCUGGCGUGAAGUUCUUCACCAACGGUCCAAAGCUACACGACUAUCUACAGGAAAUGUACAGAGAAGUGCUUUCGAAGCAUGACACGAUCACAGUCGGCGAGAUGCCUGGCGUGUCGGACGAGAACGAAAUCCUGCGCACAGUGGGAGCGAAAGCGGAAGAGCUGCGCAUGAUCUUCAUCUUUGACCUCGUCGACAUCGAUAAGCCAAACGUUCGGAUGGCGCUGAAGCCGUGGGACGUGAAGGAGAUGAAGAGCAUUAUUUCCAAGUGGCAGAGAGUGAUGAUCGAGCGAGAUGGAUGGAAUUCGGUGUUCAUCGAAAACCACGACAACCCGCGUUCUGUUUCCCGCUACACCGACGACUCAGAUCAGUGGCGUGACAAAGGCGCGAAGCUACUAGCACUGAUGCAGACCACGCUCGGAGGGACGCUGUUCGUGUACCAAGGUGAAGAAAUUGGCAUCCGCAACGCGCCCAAAGACUGGCCUAUGACUGAGUACAAAGACAUCGAAACCGUCAACUACUGGCAAAAGUGCGAGAAGAUCUACGCCAACGAUCCGGAGAAGCUGGCUCAUGGCAGGAAGAUCGUGCACAUGAAGGCUCGUGACCACAGCCGAACACCAAUGCAGUGGGACGCAUCUCCCAAUGCAGGUUUCGCGGAGAAAGGCGCCAAGCCCUGGAUGAGGAUCAUGGAUGACUACACCACCAUCAACGCCGAAGCACAGAUGAAGCAAGAGUCCGAGGACGAGUUAAGCGUCUGGCAGUUCUGGCAGCGUGGCUUGCAUGCUCGGAAGGAAAACAAGGAGGCUUUUGUAUACGGUGAUUUUGAAGAGCUCGCGCCAAAUGAUGAGAACAUCUUUGCAUACGUCCGGACAAGUGCGACGAAGCCGGAACAGAAAUGGAUCGUGGUCCUUAACUUCUCGGGACAGGAGCAGACGUACGAUUUGCCGUUGAAGGUAGAGUCGUGGGUCGCUGGCACAUACACGAAGAGCAAGCCUGAUAAGAGCUUGAGGGGCAAGCUCGUACUGAGACCUUGGGAAGGCGUGCUUGGAAGUGUCGCCUCAUGA